GACAAUAUCCUCACUAAUUACCUGGUUCCAAAAUCGCUAAUUUGGAAUGUUAUUUUGUUAGUAUUGUCAUGGUUUUGGAUAAUGUUUUUUGCACUUUGGACUUUGGCAUCAUCUAGUGGCCGUGCAUGUCUUAUUUAAGUGUUUUCUGUUUCCUUGCUUUGCCAAUUAGUCCUGUCACCUGUGUCUUGUUGCUCCUGUCACAUGACCAAUCAAGCCAUGUAUUUAAGCCCUGAUUUUGCCUAUGUUCAUUGCUUAAAGUGCGUUCACAUCGCUGGGAAUUAUGGGAAAAAUCUUUUCGCAACGUCGGAAAGUUCACUUCAUGACGCUGUUAUGAUUCUACUUCCGUUCGGCAACUGGGGCCAAAUUUAGUUAACAGAGUUGCCCAGUUGGUGACAUAUGGUGACUCAUUGUUUACUAGUGAUGCGCAUGACCAUGUCGGACCUCAACGCAAAAGUUUUGAACGGCACUGUCCGACUGAGAAGCUCCUGACUGCGCAGUUUGUAUGGAUGAUCCUCAUCCCAUUUAGUGAAUUAUGAACAUGUGCUUUGAAGUAAAUCCUGUAAUUUAUUGGGAGCCAAUGCAGGGAUUUUAGGCUAUUGAGGUAAUGGGACGGCUUCAAUCUGUAGGCUUGGUUGUUUAGUACAAUGGCUGCUACAACAUCUGUGUCAUUUACAUAAAGUUUAAAUCUCUUUCAGUAGACGUGGAUGAAAAACUGCAGCUUCCAUGAUCCCCGACAAUCAGUCAGAACCUAUGUUCCACGCCAAACAGAUGGUGGCGGUAAUCCUCUUGGUGUGAUAUAUAUAUACCGCUGACGAAGAAGAACUUCUAGAUUCCGAGCGGAGUGCACAUGAACGGUCGCUGUCGGAAAUACGCGUAAACGUGCACGUCAUCACUGCCGAGCCGUCUCGUUAUCACCAGGAGAGUGAACGCACCAUUAGUCUUUGGUGUGCCACGUUUGUACUCUGACCCAAGCUAAAGUCUUGUAUAGGACAUUAUUAUUGAUCCUCUGUGUUUUGACCGCUUGCCUGCUCUCUGCCCACUUGGAUUUGCCCCUCUGGUAUGACGUUUUGAACUUUUGUCUUUUUGAAAAAGAUCUACCUGUAUAUGAGUUUUUGCCUUCUCUGUUGGACUUUUUGCCCUUUUUGGAUUUUGCCCUCGUUUUGGAAUUUUGUGAUCUUCUGUGUUUUUGCCCAAAGACUUUGUUAUAAUAAACAACAUUUCAGUUAAUCCUCUCUGCACUUGAGUCUAUACCAUUGGUUCUCAAAGUGCGGCCCGCGGGCCAAUUGCGGCCCGCAGAAACAUUCCUUGUGGCCCGCAAUGACAUACAGACGUAAUAUUAAUUCAAACAAAAAUAAAUAAAUAAAGAGAAGAGUCGACUCUCUCUAGCUUUCUAUUAAAUCCUGUUAAAUUUGUUAGUUUUAAUCCGACUGUACAUUACUUUGAAAACAUGAACCUCAGUUUCGUGAUUUAAACCUCACUUGACCUCCCUCCCAGAGGUCCACGGUGCAAUGUUUUUUUUUCACCACUGGGGUGCUGACGGCGUUUACCGCCUAUUUCUUUUUUCCUUUGGCGGCCCUCAGUCAAAUUUUGGGUUCCUAAAUUGGCCCUCAGCUGUUGAAACUUUGAGAACCCCUGGUCUAUACCCUUCCCUUUUUGUUCACUGGGUUUAGAGUAGAACUGCCCGGAUUUGCAGAUCCGGGCUCGAUCCCCAACUCUGACAAGUAUUUUUUUUUCUUUCAACAUGGUCAAUUGUUUUGGUUCCAACAGGAAUGCAUGUUAAUAGACAUUGCACAGAAUUCAGAAGUACAUCAUGUGCAUCUUGCACAGAAGGUACUUUCCAAGAUGGCAACAAUGGGCGUGAACAAUGCUUUUCAUGUAAACAUUGUGAUGCAGGUCUCGGUCUGAAGGUGAAGAAGUCGUGUUCAUCAACAUCAGAUGCUGUGUGUGAGGUCCUGGAUGGAUUCUUCUGUAGUGACUCUAACAGAGGUGGAUGUAGGGCCGCUCAGAGACACACGGUUUGCAGUCCUGGUCAAUACAUCGGUCAAAGAGGAACAGCAGAUAAAGACACAGAGUGCCUUCACUGUACUGAUGGAACAUUCUCAAUUGGCACAUCAACGUCUUGUCAGAACCACACAAAAUGUGAAUCUGUGGGACUGAAACUGAUGAAACCAGGAACUGAUUCAACUGAUUCUGAAUGUGGAGAACAUGGUCCAGAGACAGGACUAGUGGCAGGAGUAAUAUCAGGAGUCAUACUGGUAAUGGCUUUAAUGGGAUUAAUCAUAGCCAUUAUUCACAGGAAGAAAAUAAGAGAAUGGAGAUUGACAAAGAUGGAGACCCUGAGCCAGGAGUUGAGCCGAGACUGCUGUCUAACAGGUAGAGGGGUGCCCUGAUCUCCACCUGAGAGU